AAUUUUUAAAUAUUUACAGUGUGGUGGACAUGAAUAUGAUGGCAGUUGAAUGUAUAUUGGCAGAAUUAAAACCAGUAUCAAAAUAUACUAAUGGGAUGUGGGAGAGUAAAGCUACUGACUGGUUUAAGACCCAUGUACAGAAUAUGAACUUUACUGUUCAGAUAUACAGCAUUGUGCAUGGAAUCCUGCGAGUGGAGUUGUUGAAGGAUGAAUUUGGCACACUUGUAUCUAUCAAUCAGACAUUAAUUUCAAUGGGGUAUGCAGUUAAAGCUGAUGAGUUCUUCUUGUCUAAGAGAAAUCAUGAGUUACGGGCUUUAUAUUCUAGUCAGGUGGAGGAGACUUCUGUGAACUCUGACAGUAGAGAUUUAUCUACUUAUUCAUGUCUCUCCAACUUUCUUAAGGGACCUGAAAAAUUUACAAGCAAGGCUGUUGUUGGCUUCUGGUGUGACAUUGGAUCCUUCGGAGUCGGGUGUGACACUUCGAAACACAACUUUGAUGCCGCCCCUUCCUGGGAUCCUGCCACUCUGUUUUCUCCUUUUUUGCCCUGUAGCUGA